AAAAUAUCUCCUCUAAGCAGAUAUUGGAAAAUCCCAAAGAAUUACUUUCUCGUUUUUGGCUUAGAAGUUUGCAAGAUCUAACUUAUAUUGAGCAACGGCGUGAAAAACUUUUAAUUCCUGUAUCUUCUAAUGAAAAAAGAAAAUUAGAUGAUACAUUAAUAUUAUCAUCAGAUUCUGAUGAUUCAAGUUAUAUGAAUCGACAAAAGAAAAGUAAAAAAGACAAUAACAUAUUCAAAUUAGAUGAUGAUAAUGAUUUAUGUAAUAUUGCUUCUA